CUUUGUUUCAGGUCACAUCUCCCCGAGGUACUAGCGUUUUAGUUCGUCCGCAGUGCAUUGCUAUCUAUCUAUUUGCAUGCUCAGCAGCUCUGAAGAACUCUAUUUUUACACCGUCAGACUCAGACAGAAAGUACUAGUGUAGAGCAGUCUAGAAACUAAAUUAGCUUUUUUAACAAAUAAAGAGUGUCGUUGUAUCUAUCAGCUCAAACUUCCGACUGGCGGUCCGCGCAUCCAGAACGGUGCAAAAAUGGGGCGAUUUCGGCAGUUAAUGGACAGCCACACGGUGCUCGCGAAGAACAACCACGACGCGAAUCCGAACCUCGCAAAAGGCGACGAAGUCGGUGAUAUUGACCACAGCGUGGUCCUUUCGAAACGAGGCGAGAGCGUCAAAUGCUGGCACUGCGAGAAGAGCAAGAAGGUCGAGGAAUGCCCCUACACCUACGUUUGCAGUUCUUCGCACCAUUUCACGUGGCUCUGCUCGGAGAUGUGCCAACAGCGGUUCCAAAAACAAAGCGAGACAACUUUAAAGCAGCUCAAGUACUUACCACUAUCGACUCUCAUUGCACACCUCUUUGAUUUUGGUUUACUUUUGUGAGUGAAAGUACAGGUUCGGAGAUCGAGAUUUGGUGGUAAAAGUAUAACCACUUGAUGAAUACCAAUACUUAUGGAAAAGUCUUUCCACCCUUCCCCAUAAUUCUUUGUCUUUCAGGCGCAUGCCCAAGACCGCGUUGAACCGCGUGAUGCUUACGACGCUGGACGAAGUGCGACGGAAGAAUGCGGACAUUUGUCCGGUGUGCACGGCGUGCUGUGACUUCUACGACAACCGCAAAGCCUUCGGGUCGGACGAAGGCGAGGCCUCGACCAGUGCGGCUAGUGAGGAGAGCAAGGCGGUGGCGCUGAUCGACGUGGCGGAGCUUCCCGACGGGGAGCAGGACGCGGCGAUGCUGAGCGAGGUGGAGGAGAUGCUGAAGGUAAAGGUAACGGCGGGGGAGAAGACGGAGGAGGACGUGGAGGAGGUCGUGGAAAACAUCGCCCUGAUGCUGGAGAACGGGGAGCUGGACGACGAUCUGGUCCAGGCCGUGCAGGCGGUGGCGUCGAAGGAAAAUUUGGAGCACCUGAAAAAGCGCUACCAGCGGUUCCGCGAGGCGUUCGAAAUCUGGCAGCUGCACCAGAGGGAGGCCCAGUUCAUGAAAAUGAUGACCGUGGUGACGAAAAAGAAGGACGAGGAGCCUCCGGUCGUGCCUAAGUCGAAAGAAAAGAAGAAGGACGCCGAACAGGGAGAGGCGGGCGGGCGGGAACCAGCUUCAUCUUCUUCGAUGAGCAAAACCUCAACGACCGCGUCGUCUGCUGGUGCCGCAAAGGAGGGCUUGGUGUCCUCGUCCAGCAGUAGUCCGCAAGACGCGUCGAGCCCGCUGGAAUCGUCCGCCGGCGCGGGCACGGCAAAAGACAUCGGAACGGCGCAGCAGGUCGCGAAGAGCGAAAAGGCGUUGAAAGCCGCGGCGAAGAAAAAGGAGAAGGAAGUGAAAACAAAGCCAGCGAACAAAAAAAGCGGCCCGAAGUUUGUUUACAGCAAGAAUAUCCUGGAGACGAUUACAACGAAGUUGGCUGAAAUUUUGAAUAUCGCUGCUCCGGUUGGGGAAACGGACGAGCUAGAAAACUGGGUCAUGGGAACGCUCUUCGCGCACGAACUCGACCUGGGAAAGUAUGUGAACGAGCUAGUGGUAAAAUUCACUUUGUUCACUGUUGUUCAUAGAUUGAGUGUACAGGCACAUACAAAUUUGCAACACCCUGAGCGGCCCAUCAACUUGUUUUCGAAUGAGUUGAAAUGCAGCUUCGAGAUCAAUCCCAACAUGGAAAAAAAUGCAAUCACAACAGAGAGACUGUGCGAGCAUGCAGUGGGGCGCGUUUUGUUCGCAACACGGAAAGGGUGCCAAGAAGCCAAGCCAGGUGGACACCCUGAGUCUGAUUCAUUUUGUCGCAUUUCUUGGCGACCGCAUGCCCCAAGCUCUUUCGGCGAACGUCGGAGAUACGGUACUAGAUUACGCGAUGCGACUGGCAGGGGCCACUCUACACGGGUCCCCGCUGGAAAAGGAAAACACUACCCAAGAGGACUUGAGUGAGCAGCAGCUUCUCAGCCCGACGAGCGUUUCCGUGGCGGAGUCUGCCCCCACGGCCGCAAGCAUUGCCGCACGACAACCUCCCGCCCCCAGCACACCGCCUCCUGCGCGGACAACCGCGGCGAAAGUGGCCGCCGCUGCUGCAGCACGUAGCGCAGCAGGAACCGCGCCGACGAGUAAGCCUCCUCCGCAACCGGCAACUGGUCCGCCGCCUCCACCUCCGGAAGCGGUUGUGCCCAGUAAGCCAGCCGCCCGGGUGGAGCGCGCCGCACCACCCCCAGAACCGGUUCCAGAACCCGUGGAGGCAGAACAAACCGCUGUUGCGCGCCCAGUCAAGACCAAGUCAGAGGAGACGACCGUACUAUACAAUUUCAUCGUCAUAUUAAUUAGUGACAGCUUACCCUUACGUUGACGUGCUUUAUUCUUGGCUUGCGCCACUUGCGCAAUGCGAAUCCUGCCUCAGACCUUGAAUUGAAUUCGGAAGAUUUUCUAUAUCGCAAUGAGUGGCGGAGGCGGGGUCCGUUUAUUCCGUUGUGAUCCGCACUCGCCCUGUCGUAGAAAGAUCUGCGUAUCGUCAUUUUCCACGAAAACACACAGGGUUCGUCGCUAGUGGCCGAAGCAUGUCGAACCGAGAGGGAUCGAGCGCGCACGGAGGAAAAGCUUUGGCAGUGCGUUCGGUUUCUCGCUGUGGAAUUCUACGCUUUUCUGGUGAUCGUUGGGACUCGAGAUUACAGCGUUGCAACCCGAUUGCAGGAAAGAUGGGUCACGUUUCUCGAGCUCAUACUUGAGGAAGACCCUCUUCAUUCUCUCGGGGAACCACGAGUCCCUCUUUCUGACGGUUUGUUCUUUUUUUCUUUCUGGGUACGCUGAAUACGCUACCGGUAUUUAUUAGGAAUCUUGAUAAGUAGACGCAGAGCCAGUUUGCUUUAUUAUUGUUUAAAGGGGAAAAGACGUGUGCCUAUUUGAAACUUUUGCAGGUGUCAAGAAAGCACUUCCAGCAGAAAAGCGGCGGACGAUUUGCGAAAAACUCGCAGCUCUUACCGAAGUUCCACUCCAAUAUGCGCUUCAGAUUCUUCGUGCGAACGCAGAGGGUUGGUUUUUCGAAGCAAAGCGUCUUCUUCCCGAAUUCGAUUGGCACCGAUGUAGCUCGCCAACGACGGGCAAACAUUGGUUCCUGAAUGGCGUCACGGGGGAGUGGUUUUUCGAAGAUCGAUCCACCGAGGCUGGCUGGCAAAAGCAACUUCUUUUUGAAGACGCAAAGGACGCCAAGCCUCAAUACCAGAAGCCUGCAGCUUGGUACUUAUUAUGUCCGGUAGAAUUUAAAUUUUUUUACUUUAGCUAUGGCAUUUUAAUUUUUAGAAGCGCCUCAGAGCCAGGACUUAAGUGCCUUCCUUGAAGAUCCUUCAAUGACUGGCAAAAUAUCAGGCCAAAAGCGGAGGCAUUAGUUCGAGUGCAGAUGCACUUUGCAGUUGUCAGAUCCUCCUGCGCCCCUGGUUGUCCUCGGGUUGGCGAGGAUGCUAAAAGCUGGCUCCGGCAUAUGCUCUGUCUAUGUGGCUCCUCUUACGAUGACGCGAUCGUUCUAACGUCGAUCGGACGAUUAAGGUUCGCUAUAUGAUAAACUACUUACAAGAAGAAGUUAAAAUCAAAUAAACUCCAAAACAGGUUUAUCAAAAUUCGAGGGGAAGACGCAGGACGGUGGUUCCACAUGAAGAGUUUGGCAGAUACUUACGUAUGA